GAACACAUAGUCUAACGCAAAGCAGCGUAUUGUAAUUCAAGCAAAGUAUUUCUUUAAAGAUUGUCAUUUUAAAUAUUUAUUAAGUACAAAAUGUUCGAUUUGAAUGGUAAAAAUGUCGUCUACGUUGGAGGCUUCAGCGGCAUUGGCUACCAAGUUUGCCAUUUGCUGAUGAAGAAGAAUAUAAGCCACCUGAUUGUGAUGGGCCGAAUGGAGAAUGUGGAGAUGAUGCAGAAGUUACAGGCGGAAAAUAGCUCAGUCGAAGUCGUGUUUAUUCACAUGAAUCUAAUGGACCGCGCCAACAUUGAACAGGCCGUUAAGCAAGUGAUGGGUGUCAUAAAACACAUCGAUGUUUUGAUCAAUGGCGCAGGCGUCUUGGCCGACAAGGACAUGGAAACCACAAUGGGUGUCAACUUGAUGGGCAUGAUGAAUAUGGUGUGGCUGUGUUUGCCGUAUAUGGAUAAAAUGCAAAUGGGCCAAGGCGGUAUCGUGAUGAAUAUUGCCUCCGUUUACGGAUUGGAACCAGCACCUGCCUUCCCAGUAUAUGCAGCUGCCAAGCACGGCGUCAUCGGUUUUACACGUUCAAUGGCGGAUCAGCACCAUUAUCAACACACUGGUGUGGCUUUCUUUGUUGUAUGCCCUGGUCUUACUACCAGUGAAAUGAUGGUGAAUUUACGGGAAAAGUCUAUGAUGGGUCAACAAUCAUAUGCUGGAGAGUUGGUCAAGGCGAUGGGCCAUGCCAAGCAUCAAUCGCCUGAAGACUGCGCGAUGAAUAUUGUCAAUGCGAUGGAGAUUAUGAAAAAUGGUGCUGUUUACUUAUGCAACAUGGGUCAACUAAAAGAGGUGAUGCCAACCAACUACUGGCAUUUGUAAAUGUGCCCAGCCCCCUCAUUCUGUGUAAAAAUUAGAAUUCUUGAAAAAUUAUUAUGAGGGGCAAACAAUAAAUUUUGAAAAAAUCAA